UGGUUCAGCAGACAACGAAACUUUGACCCCAUGACGAAGUUUAUGGACCAAACGUAAACAGUUAUGGACUUAGGUCCUCAAAUUAACCAAGGCUUAAAACAUCUGUCAGAAUUCGAACUAACCAUGGCUUGAAUGAUGUUGAUGAGCAGCCCCUUACAAUAAUACAGUAUGGAUAGGAUCAGACACCUGACCAGAUGAUGUGCAGCUUCUUUUGUGAGAGCAUCAUGAUCACGUUUGUUGUCGCCACCAUCACCAUCCUUGUAGUCCUCUUCUUCGGAAUAUGGAAGUUCAGAACAAAAGUGUUACCAAGUCAAAGCGAGGCAAACAAAAAGUAUCGCUUCAGGAAACGAGACAAGAUGCUGUUUUAUGGCAGAAAGAUGUUACGAAAAGUCCGAAGUUUCACGAAGAACACAAUAGCUGUGAGUCGUCAUGGCAGAAAGAAGAUGAGCCAGAAGGACAUGGUGAACCGACUACGCAGAUUUUUAGAAAGAAGGAAAGAUUCAAGUCUUCCACAGCUUCGAUUAAAAGAACCUCCCAAAUCAUUCUUUGAAGCUGAUACUCCAGAUGUUCAGGAAACAGACCACAGGCUGCCAUCAGAAGUGCUCUAUAUGUUGAGAAGUAUCAGAGUAUUUGGUCACCUGGAGAAGCCCUUCUUCCUGGAGCUGUGUCGACACAUGGAGCCUCUGAACAUCAAGACAGGCAACUACUUGUUCAAGAUCGGGGACCAGGACGACAGUAUAUAUGUGGUGCAGAGUGGUCAGAUCGAAGUGUUUGUCACUGAGAAGGACGGGAGCCAGCACCUGGUCAAGAUGGUGACGACAGGGGACAGCAUCCACAGUCUGCUCAGUAUGCUGGACUUCCUCACGGGUCACCCAGCCCCCUACAAGACCGUGUCCGCCAAGGCAGCAGUGGACUCGCUCAUCCUCAAGUUGCCUGCGUCAGCCUUCAGCUCCAUGUUCAAGAAGUUCCCCGAGUCGAUCGUCAGGGUGGUCCAGAUAAUGAUGAUCCGACUGCAGCGAGUGACAUUCAUGGCUCUCCACAACUACCUUGGUCUCAGCAGUGAACUCAUCAACCCUGAAAGUCGUAUAGACCUUCGUACCCUGUCCAUUCAAACCAUCGCCCACCAUGGCAGCCCCCACAAGGUCCACAAGUACGCCCACAGCAGCUCCAUGGGCACUUCCGGUGUGGAGCCGGAGGAGAAGACCGAGGAUGCUGACUCAAAAAGGCCUGGCUACAUCAGGUCUACCUCAGAACAAGUUACAGGUCGUACCAAGCUGCUGAGUAGCACCUCGGACAAAGAUCGCCACCCAUCUGACUUUGACACUGCUUGUAUGCGAGCCCGGGUUCCGAAGCAAGACUGUUACAGUAGCGCCAUCACAGGCUCCCCACCAAGCAGACAGCUGUUCAAGGAGUCUGAUGUGGAUGGUCCGGCGACGCCCAGCUUUCGACAUAGGCCCAAGAGAUCCAGUGGUCACGGGGACACUCUGGGGCUCAUGUCGGACAGCUACUCAGAUGAGUACAUCCUGGAGCUGGCACAGAAGGACCUCCUCAAUCUCCUCGGUCUCACUGAUCGAAGCCUUUUGGAGGGUCACCUGAACCUACAGUCUGUCAAGGCAGGGACUGUGCUGUGUAGGCAAGGAGAUCAGGAUGCCAGCCUGGUGUUUGUGGUGAUGGGGACCCUGCACAUGCUGCAGCAGAUAGUCGGUGAGGAGGCAAGGGAGGCCAUCCUGUUCACAGCCGAUCCCGGGGAGAUUGUGGGGACACUGGCUGUGUUGACAGGGGAGCCGUCACUCUUCUCCAUCAAGGCCAAGACAGACUCUAGGGUGGUGUCUAUCUCCAAGGAGGACUUCUACAUAAUCAUGAGGGCCGAGCCGUUUGUUGUUCUGAAUGCUGCUCACACAACGGUGAAGAGGAUGACACCAUUUGUACGUCAGAUUGAUUUUGCUUUAGACUGGCAGAUGACUGAAGCAGGAAAGGCCCUGUUCAGACAAGGUGACAACUCGGAGAGUGUGUUUAUCGUGUUGACGGGGCGCCUGCGGUCUGUGAUCACUCUGCUUGGAGGCAAGAAGGAAUUGGUGGAGGAAUAUGGUCGUGGGGAGCUGGUCGGCAUCGUCGAGGUCCUGACACAGACGGAGAGGGCCACCACCGUCAUGGCAGUGAGAGACACAGAGGUUGCUAAGAUGCCCUCGGAGUUGCUGAAUCUCAUCAAGAGGAAGUAUCCACAGAUUGUCACCCGACUUAUCCACCUACUAGGCCAGAGGAUUCUGGGAAAUCUGCAGAGUCGGAACACGCUCGGUGCUCACAUAUCUAUGCCCUUCAGAACCGACAACCCUGGUUUAGAAAGCCGGUCAGUGUGUAACCUAGCAACCGUGGCCGUGUUGCCAGCUUCGGAUGAUGUUCCCCUCACCAACUUCACGCUGGAACUGCAGCACAACCUCAGCGCUAUCGGUCUGACGACUCGUCUGUCAAGUGAUAUCAUCAAAACUCGACUAGGCAGCUCUGCUCUGGACAGUGUGAACGAGUUCCGCCUGUUCAGCUGGCUGGGGCAGCAGGAGGACAUCCACCGCAUGGUGCUGUACCAGUGUGACUACACCAUGACCAGGUGGACCAAGAACUGCAUCAGGCAGGCCGACUGCAUCCUCAUCGUGGCUCAGGCUGACCAUGACCACACCGUGGGCACCGUUGAGAAGGAGCUAGAGGGUAUCGCUAUCAGGGCCCAGAAGGAGUUGGUGUUGCUCCACAGGGAGGAUGCGGAGACGCCGCGGCGGACGGCGGACUGGCUCAACGCUCGAGACUGGUGCUCUCAUCACCAUCACAUCCGCUGUCCACCCCGGGUCUUCAGUAAAAAACCUCUGCAAAAGAGACUUGAUAUGUAUAGCAAACUAUUUGAGAAACCGCCACACCGCCAGAAGGACUUCUCCAGGCUGGCUCGCUAUCUCACAGGAACAUCCAUUGGCCUGGUACUGGGCGGGGGAGGAGCCAGAGGACUGUCUCACGUUGGUAUGAUCAAGGCGAUCACAGAAGCGGGUAUCCCCAUUGACAUGGUAGGGGGGACGAGUAUGGGGUCCUUCAUCGGCGCCCUCUGGUGUGAAGAGCAGAACUACACUCGCUUCACUCAGCGAGGCAGAGAAUGGUCAAUGGACAUGACAUCUCUCUGGAAGAAAAUUAUUGAUCUGACAUACCCAGUUACCUCCAUGUUUACAGGUGGUGCUUUCAACCGAUGCAUCGAGCAGGUGUUCAAGGACAGGCAGGUGGAGGACUUGUGGCUGCCGUUCUUCUGUGUGACCACCGACAUCUCCAACUCCAGCAUGAGGAUACACACAACAGGUAGUUUGUGGCGGUAUGUGCGAGCAUCCAUGUCACUGUCCGGCUACCUGCCGCCCAUGUGUGACCCAAUGGAUGGUCACCACCUGCUGGACGGAGGAUACGUCAACAAUGUACCAGCUGAUGUGAUGAGGGCGUUCGGGGCACAGACAAUCCUGGCCCUGGAUGUCGGCAGUGAGGAGGAGUCCAACUUCCUCAACUAUGGGGAUCAAGUCUCAGGAUGGUGGUUGCUAUGGAAACGUUGGAAUCCAUGGACAGAGAAUGUCAAGGUUCUGGACAUGACGGAGAUCCAGUCCCGUCUGGCGUACGUGUCGUGUGUGCGACAACUUGACUUGGUCAAGAGCAGCGACUACUGUGAAUACAUGAGGCCGCCCAUUGACAAGUAUGGUACUCUUCAAUUUGGCAGCUAUGAUGAGAUCUCAGAUGUGGGCUACCACUAUGGAAAGACAUUGUUCAAUGGCUGGAUGAAGGGAGGCUACCUGGACAAACUGUUUAUUGAAAAGACGAAGGAAACCGAAGCAGGGAUGAAGAAGAAGCAACAACAGGUGUCCCAUGUCCCUGUGAUGGCCUACUUCACUGACCUGGCUGAGAAGGUGUCUAAGAUCACCAAGCCCAAGUCCACCGUGUUCUACCUCACAGAUGAUGACUACGAGACUGAAUAUACUGAUGAAGAAAUGAUCAUAGAAGAAGAUGGUUUCCUUGACGAUGAUGGGAGUGAGCAUGAUGCUGAGAAGGAGGAGGACGAUGAAGAGGAGGAUCAUCCCACUGUGGAGAGAAACCCAGUGUACUCCAGCUCUAACUCUGAGAACUCUGCAGCUGAGGCUUUGACAACAAGAAAGAGAAAACCCGUGUCCGGCAAGAAGCAAAACACAUGAUGUCUCAGCACCAGUACAGACCAGUCAACACCAGAUGGAGACUCCAGUACAUGCUAGUCUAAACCAGUCUUAACCAGUAUUGCCAAAGUGGUUUCCACUACAGCGUUAUGUCUAGUGGGGUUACGGAUGUGACAACUGCUGUUUUAUUUGGGAUUUUUAUGUCAUAUGUAUUUGAGAAUUUUACCAGUAUGUGUGAGUGCACUAUAGCCUCAAUGGAGACAUUUUGCAGAAUAGGUGUGAGAAUAAAAUUCUGAUUGUACACUGCAUUUAUCUAUUUAGAAGCUGUGUUUGUUUUCUGCCUAACUGUAAACUAUGAUCAUAUAUUUCCCAUAGCAGCACAGAAAUAGAUGAAAGUAUCUCACAGAAUAUUCUAAUGUUUGUUUCAAGGUGAUUGGCUAGUUUACACCAAUUGUUCCAUUGUUUCACAGUUUUCAAUAAGGUCUAUUUCAAAGUGAUGACAUUUGAACGCACUGUCGCAAGAAAUGGAAGAUGGUGGCAUCCAUUUUCAUGAUGUCACAGUUGAUUUGUUGAUGUGGUUCCAACAAUAGACUGAAUGAACUCAGGGCUCCACUUGAGAUAAGGAAAUCUACGUUUUUCUACAUUUCCUUGGAAAAAGGAAUAUUGGUUAGGCUAAAAAAAAUAAUAGUCUUGAUUCUCAGGCAUAAAGUCUGCAGCAGGUUUGGUUUUUUUCCUUUUUAAAAAAAUCAAAAAAUCUUUAAAUAAUCCUCAUCUCGAUCACAUGACCCCUUACUAGUACUCUUGUCUUCUCCCAGUAUUAUGUGUGACUCAUUGUGAAUGAAUCAUUGUAACAUCGACUCGAUAAUUAAAACAUGAAUAUUCACCAUUUCAUGGCAUACAGGUAUCAAAUUAGAUGAUAAUCACGCUUUUGGUACAUAACCAGGAAGAUUUAGCUGUAACAAUCACUGAUGGGGGUAGAUGUCAGUCAUGGGGAGCACAACAUAAGUCUACCCUGACAAAUAAAACUACAGACAUGGCCAAUAUAUUGCGAUGAAGGUACUUGCCAAGCGAGAGAAACUGGUUCCUCUCAGACUAUAAAUAUGUGAAUUGAUGGCAAAAUCAAUCAUGGCUGGACAAGAUGGAGUUGGCAAAUCAUUUGUUCAUAUAAAAUCUAUCUCAUUAAGAUCAGAUCUUAGUUCUCGCUAUCGCUAAACAAAGAUCUGAGGACAUCCCAUUACGGGUCACGUCAGAACGACCUUUCAUCCAACCAAUCAGAGCAGCGCUUACCAGAUCAUGAAAGUGACAGUCGGAAUGUGUUUUCUAAUCAUGCAACCACAAAAUGUUUAACACGGGGUAUUCCGAACGACAGUCACAGGCUUCCUGAUUAUAUCCACACAAUCUAGGCCGUCUAUAAGCCAUUCAAGAGUGUUCUUCUUAUUAGUUUUAAUUUUUUUAAUCAAGAAUACGUCAGAAUAUGUUUCAAAACGUAGUCGCCAGUUUGAAACUAGUGUCGUAAAGCUCGAGAAAGCUGCCUUCUGAUUGGCUAAUGUCGAUUUCUUGUCAG